AUGGAAGAGGAACCGGGCGAUGUAGCAUCGUAGUGAUAUGUGCUGAUAUGUGUAUAGCGAUUGUGAGAAAAUGAUUCGUGAAAUCGCGCUAGUUGUUCUACACAGUGCAUGUGUGUUCGCCAACACGAAUCAGCCGGGUCAUCACAGUGAAAUCAACGAAAUUGGAGAGAUUUACGAGAACGAUCCAUCGACUGCUAACUUUUCAUUCGCAAAUGCGUCUGAUCACAGUGGUGAGAAGGAAGAGACGAGGUACCAAGUGGCCGGAUUUGCCUGGCAUCAUGUGGAACUGCCAUAUGUCAUAUCGCUAUGGAUAUUGUUUGCUAGUCUAUGUAAAACAGGUUUCCACCUGUCCGGCCGGCUACGCCGCAUCAUCCCGGAGAGCUGCAUGCUGGUGCUACUCGGAAUCUUCGUCGGCAUCAUCAUCUACUUCUCAUCGGCGCGGUACGGCCAGUCGAGCGCCAACCAGCGCAUGAGCAGCGACACGUUCUUCCUCUUCCUGCUGCCGCCGAUCGUUCUCGACGCCGGGUACUUCAUGCCGACGCGCGCGUUCUUCGACAACAUCGGAACGAUCUUGCUGUACGCCGUCGUCGGGACGCUGUUCAACGCAGUCUCGAUCGGGAUGUCGCUGUACGGACUCAGUCUGCUCAACGUCUUCACGGUCAAGGUGAGUUUCCCUCCCUCGGUCGGAUUCCGAGUUAAAUUAGACAAUGGCGACUCUGUACCAGUGCAGAUGUGUCUAGUGGAAAUCCGUUUAUUUGUUGAAAAGAUAAGAGG